GUGGAGCUGCACAUGCGGCUUCUCCCUGCUCCGUCCCGCCCAGCCUCCGUUGCGCAGGAACGGGUCCCUGCAGCCCCCAGCCCAUGGCAGGACGGUAGCCGCCUGUCAGGGGUCCUAAACGGCUGAGGCAGACGCGGCGGCUCCCGGGCCUCAGAGAGUGGGCGUCUCCGGAGGCCAUGGGCUACCCCGAGGUAGAGAGCAGGGAGCCCCUGCCUGCAGCAGCGCCAAGGGAGCAGGGGAGUCAGGGCUGCGGCUGUCGCGGGGCCCGUGCCCGGGCGGGUGAAGGGAACAGCUGCCGGCUCUUCCUGGGCUUCUUCGGCCUCUCGCUGGCCCUCCACCUGCUGACAUUGUGCUGCUACCUAGAGUUGCGCUCCGAGUUGCGGCGGGAACGGGGAGCCGAGUCCCGCUUUGGGGGCCCCGACACCCCUAGCACCUCUGGCACCCUGAGUAGACCCGGUGGCCUGGACCCCGAUGGUCCCAUCACCCGCCACUUUAGGCAGCCUUCACUUCAGCAGCAGCCGCUAGAAUCUGGAGAAACAACUCUCCCACCAGACUCUCAGGACGGGCACCAGAUGGCCCUGAUGAAUUUUUUCUUCCCUGAAGAAAAGUCAUAUGCUGAAGUAGAAAGUAGGCGUGUCCAUCGCAAUAAAAGAAGCAAAAGCAGUGAAGGAGCAGAUGGUCCAGUUAAAAACAAGAAAAAGGGAAAGAAGGCAGGACCUCCUGGGCCAAAUGGCCCCCCAGGACCUCCAGGACCUCCAGGACCCCAGGGACCCCCAGGGAUUCCAGGGAUUCCUGGAAUUCCAGGAACAACUGUUAUGGGCCCACCUGGCCCUCCAGGUCCUCCUGGUCCUCAAGGACCUCCUGGCCUCCAAGGGCCUUCUGGUGCUGCAGAUAAAGCUGGAACUCGAGAGAACCAGCCAGCUGUGGUGCAUCUGCAGGGCCAAGGGUCAGCAAUUCAAGUCAAGAAUGAUCUUUCAGGUGGAGUGCUCAAUGACUGGUCUCGCAUCACUAUGAACCCCAAGGUGUUUAAGCUACAUCCCCGCAGUGGGGAGCUGGAGGUACUGGUGGACGGCACCUACUUCAUCUAUAGUCAGGUAGAAGUAUAUUACAUCAACUUCACUGACUUUGCCAGCUAUGAGGUGGUGGUGGAUGAGAAGCCCUUUCUGCAGUGUACCCGCAGCAUCGAGACGGGCAAGACCAACUACAACACUUGCUACACCGCGGGCGUCUGCCUCCUCAAAGCGCGGCAGAAGAUCGCUGUGAAGAUGGUGCACGCUGACAUCUCUAUCAACAUGAGCAAGCACACCACUUUCUUUGGGGCCAUCAGGCUGGGCGAGGCCCCUGCAUCCUAG